UAUAGGUGCUAGGCCUCAUGCUAAAUCGAUCACAUGAUUGACUGCUCGUAGAGGAGAAUGCCGUCAACUUGUUCUUUAAGAUACAAAGAUAAAGUUGUAAUUGUGACGGGAGGAGCCUCUGGAAUUGGAUUGGGUGCCGUAAAAACUUUUGUUGAAAAUGGUUCAAAAGUUGUAUUUUGUGACCUCAAUGAGAAAGAUGGCUUAUCUGUUGAGACUAGUCUCAAUGCUGAAGGGCCAGGAGAGUGUAAAUUUAUUGUUUGUGAUGUCAGUAAUGAAGAGCAAGUAAAGAAAUUAAUAGACUUUACUGUUGAAACAUUUGGAAAAUUGGAUUGCUUAGUAAACAAUGCAGGAGUGCAUCCUCCACAUAAGCCUGUUGAUGACUUCUCGUCUGAAGAGUUUAAAAGUCUGCUUGAUGUCAAUGUCAUAGGAUUUUUUCAUGCCACUAAGUAUGCUAUACCUCAUUUAAGAAAGACGCAAGGGAAUAUUAUAAAUAAUGGUAGCUUGGUGGCCUAUAUAGGUCAGCCUGGAGCAGUCACAUAUGCAGCCUCUAAGGGUGCUGUUAUAUCUAUGACUAAAGCUCUGGCUAUUGAUGAGGCCAAGUACAAUGUGCGAGUCAAUUCAUUUUCUCCUGGAAAUAUCUUCACUCCCUUGUGGGAAAAGGCAGCCUUAGCUUCUCCAGAUUAUAACAAAUGUAUUCAAGCUGGAAAAGAUGCUCAGUUACUGGGACGAUUUGGCACUAUUGAAGAGUGUGGUUUAGUGUGCUUGUUCCUAGCUGCUGAUGCCACAUUUUGUACAGGAAUUAAUAUCAAUGUCAGUGGAGGAGCUGAGCUGGACUAUGGCUACAAAAACAAAACUACGCUAAAAGAAUAGAUUUAAUUACAGCUCAGUGCUAUGUAUAAAUAACAACUUUCUUACUUUUAUAUUAAAGAUGUUUGUAUAAACAGAUUUUUAAAAUCUCAUAUUGUCAAAAUCAUUUUUUUAAAGUGUUUUUCAUGUAACUCAUUUCCAUUAAAAUAGACUAAAUUAAAUAUAAAGUAAAUGUCAAGAUGUUUCAAACAAUUGUUAAGUUUAUGUUACAUGCUUUUAGUUGUCAAUGUCAUCUGUUCAAUGUGAAAUUUGUCCACAAAAAUUCUUAGGCAAUCAAGCAGUUAUGAAAUAAAAGUCAAAUUAUGUUAAAAUAUGUUUGAAAAAUAUAUGUACAUAUUUAUAUUUCAAAAAGAACCCUAGGGUUUGCUUAGUUAAACUAGUCAUAAUGUUACCUAAAUAAGUGUAUUAUCUCCAUGUGCUAUUAGCACAAGAUAAAUUAGAAACUUUUGUGAGCAAGUUACAAAAUGAUACACUCUUUAUACUAUGAUUUUUUUGCCAAUUGCAUGUUAUAUGAUAACUGGAUUAUAUUUUGAAAUAUAAGGCCUAGCCCAUUGUGCAUCUAAAGUGCAUUUAUUGUAUACACUUUUUUUUUUACUCUUUUAGAGAUAAAGUAUAGUUCACAUCUGUUUGUAACCAGCAUGUAACAAAGAUGCAUUUUGUUAAGUAACAUUUUACUUUCUCCAGCAAAGGAUAUUUAGCAAUUCUGAGAUAUGAUUAAAAUCUAGAUACAAAAGUUCUAGCUUUGAAAUCCAGUAACUUUACAUUUUUAUCAAACUUUAUAUCUUUUGAUAACCACAUACAAUAUCACUUAAAAUAGUGAAAAGAAAAAAAAAUUCUCUACAAAAAUAUCGUUUAAAUGUAACACUUUAAGUACAUGUUUAUAAUAAAACCACAGUUGAGAAAAUAUUCAAAUAUUUUACUACUCAUUAUCAAAUGUGAUUUUACUAGUCAGAAAAACUAAGACCUAUUGUAAAUAAUUCAUCAGAAAUGUUUUGUACUUGUCUCCAUUUGUACACUUGCAUUUACUAAAUGUAGUUUGUUUUCACUGCCUACCACAAGUUAUUAUUUCAAAGCAUUAUCCAAAAUUUUUAUGUUUUUAAAGCUUGGUCACUCCCUAUUGUUUAAAUCUAAAUCAAAUGGGAAAGUGUACUUUGCAAUCAGACUUCUAUUGUCUGAAAUGCAUAUUAUUUGUUAGAUUACAUCUGAAGUAUAAAAGGCUUUAUUUAUUGCCUUUUUUUUCUUGUUGGCUUGUCUCUUACACAGAUGACAAUCAACUUGUAUGUUGUGGACUAUAUUGUUAUUAGCUAUUUAAUUUGAAGUGAUAUGUCCCUUGAACAUUUUAUUGUUUUUUUUUUUAAGGCAAACUAUUAAAAAUAUCUUAAAGUUACCUUUCUUUUGUAUAAUAAGGUGCUGGUUAAUCUUUAGUGCAUUUUUAAAAUGUCAUAAGAAAUAAAGUCAUUUAGAUGUUUUUACUUAAAAUACCUUCUAAUAUGAUAAACAAUUUCUUCUUUAAGAUAAUGUUCUAUUUGUAGAAAAGCUUAUCUAAAAACAUUCUUGUAAAUUGGAUUUCAAAAUUGAAUUGUUCUCUUGAAUGUGGCUGGAAAAAUGGUGAAUUUUGAUCUUGUAACAUUUGUUACUGUGAAUAGAAUAUUGCAUUUUAGUAAUAAUAAAUUGUGGUUGAUAUGCCCAACAUUUUUAAUUUAAACAUUAUUUUCAAAACAUCAAUUACCAAACACUUACAUUUGAGAUUGGUAUAAAAUAAAAUCAAAUCCAUAAAAAGCAACUAUUUGGUGUAUCCAGAAUAUGAAAAAAACAAUACAUUUCUUCUGCACUUUUUAGCAUUGUAGAAUCAAGUACAAAUUUAAAUGUAAAUGAAUAGCAGAUUACUGUGACAAACCUUUAAUGUGUAAUCUCCAAUAGCUUUAUUUCAUUUCAAAUGUAGGGAGGAAACGUUUUAAUUAGAUAUUAAAAAUGUUCCACUAUUCUUAAAAUAUUGUAUAAUUACUUAAGAAGUACAUACAAAGUUUUUUGUUUAGACAUUUCCAUGGAGUAUUUAGACUCUUCUUUGCUCCCACCCAAAGUUUAGCUCUUCAUUAUAUCAGUGAAUUUCUACAUAAACAAAAGGGCCACAACCAGUUGUUCAUAUUACAUAUUAAAGCGAUUUUUUUCUAUGGUACACAUUUUGUUGUGCUAUGAAAUUAGAGUGCUUGCAGUGUAUUUGUUGAAAAAAAAAAGUUAAACUAUUAAAAGGAUAUUGCAUAUUAUUAACUAUUGUGAUAGAUGUGUUUUUAAUUUGAAUUUUAUUUAAUAUAAUUACCAAACAUAAAUACAUUUAUUCCAUUUGUAUUUUGAAACUUAAAACUUUUCAUUUGUGCUGUUCAUUGUUAUACAAGGACACUCGAGUGCUUUCAUUGUAUUUGUUCUCAUAUCUGUAUUUCAUAUUGUAAGUCAUGGUUCAAUGUAAAAAAAUUGUAUGCUUAAUACAAUGUAAUAUACAUAUAUUUUAUUUUGAUACUUCUUAAAAUUUUGUUGUUUGCAAGAAUGGUUUAGCAUAUUUAUAAACUACGUAAGAAACUUGCAAACCUUUUUGUAAAACAUUCUAAGGUAAAUUUAUAUCUAAAGGAAACUUUGUUGUCUAGGAAAUUCCAAAAACUUCUUUUAUUUUAAAAUCAUUUUAGAAAUAAUUAUCACCGUCAUUUCUCAAUAUUUUUUUUUAUACAUAAAUUACUUAGGCUCAGAUGUAAUAAAAUAAGGCUCAGAUGUAAUAAAAUAGAUUCUUUAAAUUAACAAAUGGUUAGAGAAUAAUCAAUUUGGAAUAAUGGCAAGCAGAUUCAAUUAUCUUAUGAUAUAGUUAAUAAAUUGUUUAAAAUAAAAAGGUGUAAAAAAAAUAUAUGGUUCUAUUAUUGGUUUCUUUAAUAUUAAUUUUAAAAAGUUCAGGGUCUCAGCUUGUGAUAAUUCCAUUUUUUUUUGCAGUAUUUGAAAUAAUUUUGUAUGUACUAUUGAAUGUAAAAGCCCCAGACUUUUUUGUAUGCUCUUUUUGCAUUUGGAUUUUAUUUUCUAAAUUAAAUACAAAAUAAAACAAAAAUUUACACUGA